ACCACACACAUGUAUACAUACAAUAUGGCCGAACGUUGUUACCUGUACCAGAUCUACCUGUCGGGUUAGACGGAUUUACGGCCCGACCUUUAUCCCUUAUAGAAUUACAGAUUUCGUGUUUGGGGUAUCCGAUGAAGACGUCAUGGCGACAGCCAUAAUACAAACAGCUGAAGAUCAGAUCACGUGUACAAUAUGUUUCGAAAUCUUCAAGGAACCAAAGGCACUUCCUUGCCUUCAUACCUUCUGUAAAAGAUGUAUCAGUAAAUUUAUAACCGAGAGAAAAAACCAGCACGGAGACACGAAAGGGUAUAUGUGCCCUAUCUGCCGACGUCCAGUUGCCGUUCCUACCCAUAUCAGAAAGAACCCGGAAACAUGGGCCGAUCAGCUAGAAAACAACCACGUGGUUAGCACAAUGAUUGAUGCUUAUCAAACACCAAGAGGAAAAUCUACAGAAACAUGUAUGGAACAUCCUGAAAAGGAACUAGAAUUUUUCUGUGUUGAUCAUACUAAAUUCAUCUGUUCAAUGUGUUCCCUGCAACAUCGCCGAUGCUCUGAUGUCAUCACACGUGAGGAUGCUCGUUUUAAUGUUAAAACAGCUGAGAAGAUAAAGUCGAAUACAUCAGGAAUAGAAUACAAGCAAACUCGAUUGAAACAAUACAGGGACCUUCAUUUCGAACAGUGCAAUACCUUUGAGCACAUAAUAGACAGAAGAGGAAGAGACUUGGCGCUCCUAGAUAACACAGAGCAAAUGAUUAGAGACGAAAUUAUUUCAACGAGAAAGCGGAUAACUGAACUUCUAAACAAACACGAAGAGAAAGCACUCACGCGACUUGCAAAGAUGAAAUCGAAACGUUUUGAAAAGAUUCAGAAAGACAAACGCAAGCUUGAGUCACAUAACGAGUUAUCAAGGGAAAAUCUGGAAUGCAUUCAGAAAAUGAUGGACAGUAAUCAGAAAAUAGAAGAUGCUUUUAUUGAAUCCAUUCAAUCGGAUUACAAAUCCCUGCAAAGAAUAAUCACGGGUGCGGAGAAGAAAAAUAUGCAAGAGAUGUUAGUGUUCACAGUGAAUCCAGCCAUCGAAACAUUUAUUUCCAAGUUUGACAGUCUUGGCAAACUUUCUUUACAAGAUAAUGGAACAGAAACAAAUAGCACUAAACCGUCAACGGAUCAACCGGAACGGCAUAAAAGGCACAAAUCACAAACUACUAGAGAAUCCUCCACUGAACCGGCACUGGCACGAGAUAAUGAAUUAAACGAAAUCAAGCUUCCAUUCCGAGGAAAGCCGUCAUGGAUUACGGGAAUAGCAAUGCUACCAACAGGGAGAUUGCUUCUUGUGGACCAUAACAAUGAAACAGUGUCAGUGUAUGGCACCUCCUUCGAUUUCCUGUGUAAAACCGACAUCCAUCCGGCACCUUAUGACGUAGUAUCAAUAUCGUCCAAUCAAGAUCACGUGAUGGUUUCGAUCCCAGAUGCGCAGCAACUAAUCAAGUGUGAAGUGUUACAAGACGGUUUCGUUGAAGUUGGUCAAAAAAUGAAAACCAACUACACAUGUAAAGCGCUAGCAUCUGAUGGACAACAUGUGGCGGUGUGUUCUAGUUCCGAGAUACAAAUUUUUGAAACAGAUGGUGAAGUCUGGAUGGUGGUGUUAGAUGAAUCGUACUCACGAACUAAAUUCACUUACGUCACGUUGACGUCACCAGAGAAGAAAGUGUUCGUUUCGGACCAAACUUACCCCGAACCGAAUAUCAGGUGUAUAGAUUUUAACGGGGCAACUCUCUGGAAGGUAUCCGAUGGACGAAUCGGCUUCAGUACCGGAAUUUGCGUAAUUGGUUCGCAACUUAUGGUGACGUCAUGGGAUGCGGGAAAAAUUUUAACAUUAUCGUUUAAUGGACUUGACUUGGAAACGUUCAAUGAAUCUACUGUGCUAUUUCCAUGGAAACUUUAUGCAUCUUCGGAGCGCAAGACCAUCUGCGUUUCUCAGUACAAAAACACAUUAUCUGAUGAAGACAAGAGAACAAUCAAAGUACUGCAUAUACCAUGAUUAACACAAAUGAAAAAAA